CGGUGGCGGGGGGGAGGGGAGCAAGAUGGAGCAGGUGACGGAGGGGACGUGGGCAUCGCUGCCCGUGGAGCUCAGCCCGGGAGUCCUGCAGGCCUUGCGGGAGCUGCGCUUCUCUCACAUGACGCCCGUGCAGAGCGCAACCAUCCCUUUAUUUAUGACUAAUAAAGAUGUGGCAGCUGAAGCAGUAACUGGCAGUGGAAAAACGCUAGCAUUUGUCAUUCCCCUCAUAGAAAUACUUCUCCGGCGUGAAGAAAAGCUUAAAAAAAUGCAGAUUGGCGCUCUUAUCAUCACUCCCACAAGAGAGCUUGCUAUCCAAAUAGAUGAGGUGAUCUCCCAUUUCGUUAAAUAUUACCCCCAGUUCAGUCAGUGCCUUUUGAUUGGUGGGAAAAAUCCGAUGGAAGACGUGGAAAGAUUCAAAGAACGAGGUGGAAACAUCCUGGUGGCCACUCCAGGUCGUUUGGAGGACAUGUUCAGGAGGAAAUCGGAGGGCCUGGAUUUGGCCAAGGCUGUAAAAUCUCUGGAUAUUUUGGUCUUGGAUGAAGCAGAUCGGCUACUGGACAUGGGGUUCGAAGCAAGUUUGAAUACCAUCCUGGAUUUUCUGCCCAAGCAGAGACGGACGGGGCUCUUCUCCGCAACUCAGACCCAGGAGGUGGAAAACUUAGUGAGAGCCGGACUCCGGAACCCUGUCCGUAUCUCGGUGAAGGAGAAAGGAAUGGCAGCGACUAACACCCAGAAGACGCCCACUCGGCUCCAGAACUAUUACAUGAUCUGCAAGGCCGAUGAGAAGUUUAACCAGCUGGUUCACUUCCUUCGUCAACACAAACCAGAAAAGCAUCUUGUCUUUUUCAGUACCUGUGCUUGCGUGGAAUAUUAUGGGAAGGCUUUGGAGUCUUUGAUUAAGAAUGUGAAAAUCAUGUGCAUCCACGGGAAGAUGAAACACAAAAGGAACAGGAUCUUCACAGAGUUCCGGAAACUUCCAAGCGGCAUCCUGGUGUGUACCGACGUGAUGGCCCGUGGCAUAGACAUCCCGGAGGUGAACUGGGUUUUGCAGUACGACCCUCCAAGCAGUGCAAGCGCCUUCGUGCAUCGCUGCGGCCGCACCGCCCGCAUCGGCCACCUGGGCAGCGCCCUGGUCUUCUUACUUCCCAUGGAAGAAGCUUACAUCAGUUUCCUGGCCAUUAACCAGAAGUGCCCCAUGGAGGAACUGAACCCGCAGAGGAGCGUGGCGGACGUCCUGCCGAAGCUGAAGGCGCUGAGCCUGGCCGACAGAGCGAUGUACGAGAAAGGGAUGAAGGCGUUCGUCUCUUGCGUCCAAGCCUACGCCAAGCACGAAUGCAACCUGAUCUUCCGCAUCAAAGAUCUCGACUUCGCCAGCCUCGCCCGAGGGUUUGCCCUUGUGAAGAUGCCGAAGAUGCCGGAGCUUAAAUGGAAGGACCUCUCGGGCUUCACUCCCGUUGAUAUCGACACAGAUUCGAUCGCGUUCAAAGACAAGAACAGGGAAAAGCAGAGGCAGAAACUGUUGGAGCAACGGAAAGAAGAAGGUCCGGUUCGCAGAGCGGGGAGGAGGAUGCCCCGAAAUCAACCUUGGUCCAAGCAGAAAGCAAAGAAGGAGAAGAAAAGGAAAUUGACAGCGAAACGGAAAAGGGAGGAGGGUUCUGACCUCGACAACGAGGAUAUGGAGGAGCUUCUGAAUGAUACCCGGCUUUUGAAAAAGCUCAGAAGGGGCAAAAUCAGUAAGAAGGAGUUCGAGAAGACGCUGCUGGGCAGUAAGAAAGGAGGAAGCGGCUCCGAUUCCGAAGGAUAAAAGAUGAAGUGAAAACAUUCACGUUUUCUCGUCUCCCGUGACUCGUCCCAGCUUCUGCCAACCUAGCAGUUCGAAAGCAGGUAAAAAAUGCAAGUAGAAAAAAUAGGGUCCACCUUUGGUGGGAAGGUGACAGCGUUCCGUGCGCCUUUGGCGUUGAGUCACGCCGGCCACAUGACCACGGAGACGUCUUCGGACAGCGCUGGCUCUUCAGUUUUGAAACGGAGAUGAACUCUGCCCCCUAGAGUCGGGAACGACUAGCACGUACGUGCGAGGGGAACCUUUACCUUAAAUUCAAUGGAUCCAACCCAGUUUUGACUUUGUCGCCCUCUUACUUUUUGGAAAAUACAUUUUAAACUACAUUCUACUGCAGCCUAUUUCAGGUCAGCAGAUGGACGGGAAAAUAAUAUGACGAAACCUUUGGGUUUUUCUUCCGAGUGGAUUUAUUCUGAUAAUUUACUUUUCGGAUGGACAGCGAGCUCCUUUUUGUACAAAUGAAUUUUUAAAAAAAUAAAAAAAUCCGUAAAAUAAAUUGGCAAAUGAUCAGAAAGUUCGGCUGCUUAUUUUUAACCUUUACUGCUUGCAA